AUGGGUGGAACACCAAAUUCUCUUGUAGCUACUUACCUCAGUUACUGCGACUAUUAUCGUCCGAGAUUCUUCAUUCUGGAGAACGUUUGCACCUUCUUCUCCUUCAAGAGAAGCAUGAUGUUAAAACUUACCUUGAGAUGCCUCCUGAUGAUGGGUUAUCAGUGUACGUUAGGUGUUCUUCAAGCAGGAAGUUAUGGCGUUCCUCAAGCGCGACGUCGAGCAAUCAUAUUAGCGGCUGCCUCAGGAGAAAGGCUGCCUGUGUUUCCAGAACCCACACAUUGCUUUUCUUCAAUGGCCCGUCCUCUCUCUGUAUCUGUCGAUGGUAAAAAGUAUGCUUCAAAUUUUAAAAGUGUCAACUCAGCUCCUCACAGAACCGUAACCGUGCGAGAAGCCAUCUCUGACCUGCCUGCCAUAAAGAAUGGAGCGAAAGCUGACGAGAUAUCAUAUGGUGGGGAACCAAAGACAGAUUUUCAGCGAAAGAUCCGAGGGGUUAACAAGGAAGCGGUUCUUCGCGAUCACGUGUGCAAACAGAUGAAACCAUUGGUUGUAGCCAGAAUUCAACACAUCCCAAAACAGCCUGGAUCGGAUUGGAGAGAUUUACCAAAUAUAACUGUUCAACUGCCUGAUGGAAAUUCUACUGAGAUACUGCGUUACACUCAUCUCGAUAAGAAGAAUGGAAAUGGAUCAUCCGGUCAAAUUCGUGGUGUUUGUAGUUGUGCUGAGGGCGCGGGCUGCAAUCCAACGGACAAACAAUCCAAUACUCUGAUUCCGUGGAGAUUACCACACACAGGCAAUGAAAACAACCAUUGGUCAGGUGUUCUUGGACGACUGGAAUGGGAAGGCUUCUUUAGAACCACACUUACUAAUCCUGACCCAAUGGGAAAACAGGGUCGAGUCCUGCAUCCUUCGCAACAUCGAAUAGUUAGUGUACGUGAAUGUGCUCGUUCCCAAGGCUUUCUCGAUUCCUAUCGCUUUAUUGGUAGCAUUUCCGACAAACAUAGGCAGAUAGGUAAUGCAGUUCCUCUGCCUAUGGCGAAAGCUAUAGGAUUGGAAAUCAAGAAAUGUUUAUAGAACUAUAACACCUGUCAGGAUAACUGGUGAUAUUGGUACCUGCAUCUCGGCAAUUUAUCGCUCAUAUUAAUUUUUAUACUAUGACCUACAUAUACAUGGCAAACACUUCGUGCUGUAUCAUUUUACCGAUGUAAAUUUACAAAAUCAGCUUUGUUAGUGUGAAUUUAAGUUUCUACUAAAUUUAACUACUUAGACAUUUUAAAAUUACUUGCCACAAAACAAGAAGACUAAAAUAUAUUCGCCUCCAUUAUUGUUCCUACAGUAUGUAAACCUAAAUAUAUCCUUAAUAUGCGACCACCGAUUAAGCGGUCGAGCUAUAACCCUGGGUACGAAUGACAAAAGUGGUACGUAAGGUGCACCGGACUUUAGAUGUAUAGAGCGUUAGUGCAUAAUGAUGUCGAAACUACACAGUUAAUGUUGGGAAACCGGUUUAACUCCGACCAGAUGCUGCAAUCUUGUUUCUGACAAUUCUGCGCAUGCGCAGACAAAUUUAACUAUGUUUUUAUAUAGUAUAUAGUUUGAAUAGUUCAAGCCCCGUUUACAUGCACUAGUUGUACUAGUUGUGAUUUUUUUCUCACAGCACUAAACAUGGCAGGCACUUGACACAGAACCAUUGAUGUUAUGUUCGUAUUAUAUACGGAUGUCGUCCGCCAUGCAUCUUUCUAAGGCCAAUAAAACAUUGAACUAGUUGGCUUGGUUAUAAAAGUUGUUUCCCAUUACGUUCGCUUUUCCUACGCGGGCAAAGCUGCUUUUGAAAAUUAUCUUAUACGGUCGUGAUUUCAAAAACAAAACGCAUUUCACCCGCCCGGAUGAAGAGAGCGUAAUGCAAAAAUUGCCUUAAGGUAUGGGAAAUUUUCAGGAUCGCUAUAACGAGAGAAUUAUAUAUUUUCUCUCUUAA